AUGCCUCAUUUACAAACAUUACGUCUUUGGCAACCAGAUGAUUUUCCUUGGACAUCUAUUCGACCAGAUUAUAGAAGAGAAUCCUAUGCGACUAACAUUCCACGAUGGCUGAAAUUUCUAAUAACAUCUAAAUCAAUUGCUCAACAUGUGGUCAUCUUUGAACAAGAUAUUUGUCAACUGAUCAAAGAAUUAAAAGAAUUUACUUUUCUCGAUAUUUAUGGCAAACUUGAUUACGAAAAAGUUGAACCUUAUAUCGUUUAA